UGCACGUGUAGUGAAUUUGCUGCUGUCAACGGACAGAUGGUUGAUUUAAUUACCUAAAUAAUAUAAUUUUUCAUGUUUAAAUACAAUGAUUAUUUUUCACAUAAAAAAAUAAGCGCUUGUAACGGACUUUAACUUACCCGAUUGUGGCAGUUAGCUACUUAAAACCACUAUUACCGCUAUUAUAUGUUAAUAUAGCUGAAUAACAGUUUGAUAAUUAAUCUCCGCGAUGGCAGUGCUCUCCUCUCUGCUGUCUUCAUCUGCUCGUCUCCUCGCACUGUCUCGGUUACGGUUUUGGGAGCUUGCCGGUCUCAAACGGAUAACAUGGCUCUCCCUGUCCGUCCAUCGUUGUUACACGUCGGACACUUCAAUCUCUUCAGCUGAUCAUCUCAGCUCUGGAAUUGAGAGGUACAAGGACCUGCAGAAGUAUUUCUACAAGAGACUGAAGGCAACGUACCGCAGGUUCUCCAACAUACCUGAUUACUCAGUGGUCUGCGGACAUCACCAUGUGUAUUUCAUCGAAGGUGACGGCAUCUACAGAAUGGACCAGAGACAGAGCGAGCCGGAGCCAGAGCAGGUGCUAAAUCUGGGACAAGUCCCUGGACAGGAAGAGAAGACAGAACUUGUUAAUGAAGAGAGGAAGCAGAGGUUUCAGUGGAUUGUCCAGAGAAUACGUCUGUCCCCACAAGAAAAGCAUCUCGCUGCAACACUAAAAACGACUCUCAGCGAAGAGCCAAGGUGUGUGGUUGUGAAGCUCGGGAGGAGAAACUCCCCUCUUCUGGAUCCCCCACACGUCAUAAUGACACUGGACAAAGUCUUAAGCUUUGAGUGGGCUACAGAUGAGGUCCUGUUUUACACAACUCUGGAGGGUCUGCGCUGCAGCAGAGUGUUUCGUCUGGACCUGACCUCCAGCGGAAGCCGGGUAACUUCUGUGUAUGAGGAAACACAUCCUGAUGUGUUUGUAGAGGUUGCCCUUUCCAGAGACCGACAGAUAGUGAGCAUCAACUGCAACAGCAGGAGCAGUUCAGAGGUGCUGCUGAUUGAUGGAACAACUUCCCAUUUAGAGCCUUUACUGGUUCAGCCACGUCAGCUGGACCUCCUGUACCACGUGGAGCACUGGAGACGGAGUCUGAUUAUACUGGCUAAUACUGGACCUGGACAAGAAUAUCAGGUGGUACAGGCUUCUCUCUCAGAGCCAUCCAUGGUCUCCUGGGUGCCUUUGUUUACCCCCGGCUCUGACACUGUACUCAAAGACAUGGACGUUGUCGGAGACCACAUUGUUUUGGUUGCGAGAACGCCAGCCGGUGAGCUCGCCCUGAUCGUGGUCCCACUGACCGAUCCGAAGGAGGCGUACGCUGUACAGCUCCCCUGCUGGGCCUGUUCCAUCCAAACCAAGACACCAGGUCUGGCAGACCAACGCAGUGUGUUUGAGUUCUUGAUUUCAUCUCCAGUCCGCCCCCCGAUGCCGUACUGUCUGUACCCUGCAGACGGGCUGCUUUUAUCAGGCACUAAAGAUGGCUCCCCCCCAGAGAUGCAGGGCGGUUACACCACCACCCGCUUAGAGGCCUGCAGCCAGGAUGGUUCCUCGGUGCCGGUGACUCUGUUUCAUUCAGUUUCUAUGGAGGGUUUGAAACAGGCGCCGCUGCUGGUCCAUGUGUACGGAGCUUACGGCAGAGACCUAAACAUGGAGUUCUGCCCGGAGAAAAGGCUGCUGCUGGAGCAGGGCUGGGCUCUGGCCUACUGCCACAUCAGAGGCGGAGGGGAGCGGGGUCUGUCCUGGCAAAGACAAGCUCGCGUGGAGGGGAAGCAGAGAGGAGUGGAGGACCUCAGAGCAUGUCUCCAUCACCUUUUCUCUUCAGGAGUCUCCUCUCCGUCACUCACGGCAGUGACAGCCUGCAGUGCUGGAGCUGUGCCAGUGGGAGCGCUGUGCAACACACACCCACACAUGAUGCGGGCCGUCACCCUGCAGGCUCCUUUCCUGGAUGUGUUGGGAACGAUGGAGGAUCCCCGUCUGCCUCUGACGUUAGAGGAUAGAGAAGAAUGGGGGGACCCUGUAGAAAACCCAAAACACAGACUCACCAUCUCCUCCUACUGUCCCCUUCACAACAUUACCCCUCAGUGCUACCCAUCGGUUCUGCUGACGGCCUACAGCGGUGAUGCCAGGGUUCCUCUGUCAGGUGUCCUCAAAUACGCCAAGCAGCUAAAAAACGCCAUCCAUGCACAUUUCACCAUGAAGCCAAAGUCAGAAAAUGAACCAACACCAAACACAGUUCUCAAUAUCCAGCCUGGAUCAAACCACCUCGGACCAGAGGACUUUGAGCUGAUGCUGGACGAGGAAGCCCUCACGUUAGCGUUCCUGUACACAGAGCUGGGCCUGGACCCUCCUCGGCCUCCACGCAGAAGGAAGAGAUAA